CUAGUGGCGACUCCACGCGAAAACCGUUGGUAUUUUUAACGCGGGAAAGCGCUUCAGCUUGCACUACGCAAGCGUGCGACUCGGGAUUUUCCAGGGCGGGCGGCGCGCGCACGUAUCUGCGACCCGCCCAUAGCUCACAAAGCGAACCACCGCUCCCACAAACGCACGUUCACAUCACAAAUGGACAUUUGCAACACAACAAAGUGUUUAGUGCUGUGAUUUACUGCGGACAUUUUCCAAUUUGAGAUGUGAGCUUCUCUAUCAACAACAGGCUAUAGAAAAAGCUCAACAUGACCGUGGUAACGAAUCCCGCUUGCACUGACUCCAACGGCGAAAGCCAACCACAGUCCCAGUCCGAGGCCUCGACGUCUGGCACACAAAUACUGCAAUACCACCUGAACCGACGCGUCGAUGAACUACGAUCAGUUGACGAUUACUGUAAUCUAUACGACAGUGAGAAGCAAAGCGACAUCACGUUCGUGGCCGGAAUCAACGGAGAUACAAUCCGCGUGCCAGGACAUCGUCGCGUGUUGGCGGCCACGAGCCCCGUUUUUGCGGCUUUACUGUCUACUAAGGCAGACAUUAUCAUUGUAGACUAUAUCGAUCGUCGAGGCUUCGAACAGCUCCUGCGCUACUACUACUGUGAGCCGACGGUGCUAACUACGGUCGUCACCGCUCGCACAACCCUUUACGCUGCAUACAAAUUCUUGUGUCCUCAUCUCACUGAAAGAUGUGCACGUCGCCUCGACGAAAUGUUAGACGCGGAAGUCGCUCUCGAAGUACUGCGAGAUUUGCGAUUUUUAUGUGCGAGAUUGCCAGGAGCUGCGUCAGCACCGCCCUUGCCUGCUCUCGAAAGCGAUGCGGCCGCCCGAACCUUAUCCCAUUGCGCUAUGUGGUGCGAUUCGCUAGCCCAUAACGCUCUGCUUGUUAUAGACGACAACGCAGACGCAGCGCUCAAUCACGAAAAACUAGAAGAUCUCACGUACGAGGACUUGGCUUUAAUAGUAAAACGUGACACCCUACGGGUCUCCAGUGAACUUGUUUUGGCAGAAGCACUGGCGCGCUGGAGCACGGCUGCCUGCAAACGGACAAAACGAGAACUGACGCCGGGAAACAAGCGCGCCGCUCUCGGAGAAUUGGCAUACUGUCCGCGGUAUUUACUUCUGUCGGGAGAAGAGUUAGACAGGGCAUUGGCAUUGGAGUUGUUGGAGCCCAUAGAGCGGGCUUUGGUUUUGGCUAGGGCGCGCAAACUCUCUGCUCCUGUUCCAGUGGGUGCUGAGCAGGAAGCGAUGCUCCGGAGAUGGGCUCACCCGCGCCCCACUGAACCUGCCGCAGCUCCAGUAUUCUUGAGCCCACGAUCUGAAAUUAUAGAAGAGCCCCAACCCACCAAACUUUGCGGACGUCGCCCUAAGAAAUUGAAGCAACCAUGCUUUGAGCCCGAAGACAACCGAAAUAAAAGCAAUUGCUGUUCCGAUUGCUUCCACGGUUUCAUACAUGCUUUGGUAUGUCUCUUUGAUUAAAAAAAUAGAAAGCGGAAAAAGAAGAAUGCAUAUAUUCUUAAAUAUACGAGUUAGUUUUUUGGUAAAGAGUUCAUGAAAAGUUAUAGACGGGAAAGGUAUAAAAAAUACCUAUUUUAAAUUUACAUGUAACUGUUGCUUGGACGUCCCAUAUGGUCCAUUCCAUGUUCCAACGUUGGGUUGGAUUUUUCAUAGUUGAUUUAAAUGUCUAGAAUAUAAUUGUCGUAGCUCGGCUACUCAACGAGUAAUUAAUUAUUAUUAUUAUUAUGAAUGUUUAGCAAAAAUAUUAUCCUAAUUUUAUCUUUCUCGAUGUGAUAUUCUACUUUGCUUUAGAAGUUUAGAAAAUGGAUUUCAAAUCUGAUUGUGCUCGAAAAAAAAAACGCAUAUAUUCGUCUUGUUAUUUUUUGGAACGGAUUGGUGCACAAAAUAUAUGUAUAUUGUAGUUUCUAAAGCUAAUCAUAUUUAGCCAAAUUUUGUUGCAUUUAAUUUAUAUUGAAUUUUUUUUAAUGUUAUGACUUUUAGUUUUAAGUAGUUUAUGAAUUACAUAAAAAUCUUAAUUAUUAUGUGAUUUUGGUGCAAUUUACUUUUUAGAUACCGCAGCUAUAUUUCCUAGAACCAGAAAAUAUUUUCUUUUUGUAAAUAUAAAACAUUUUUUGUAUGACUAACGAAGAUAUUGCAAAGCUAGUUAUUGUUUAGUUUAUUUAAGUUAAUUACUCCUACAAAUUGUUAUGUAAUUUUACUACUAGUCGUAUUUUAAGUACAGAUGAGAUCUUGUCUUAGUUUUUAUGGUGUACUUAAUAUUUAACUAUAUUUACUGCCCUAUCAAAUUAUACCUAGUAAGAUUUUAGCAGCUCCAAAUAUUAUUUUUCAUGCAUUGAAACAAAACUUGAGCAUCGUAAAUUAAUUAUUUUUAUCAUUUAUAAAUGAGAUGGUCUAUUUCAGGUCCACUCUUGUACCCCGUAUCAUUAAAAUUUGAAAAAUACAAGGAUUUUAUUAAAAUCUAAACAAGUGAAUAAAUGUAACUAAAUAAAAAGAAAUAAAUAAAAUUAAAACCCAAGUUUUGAGUUAUAUUAAGAUGGCGCCCUUAAAGCAACUAUGACAUGACAUGAAUUUAAAGCAAACGUCAAAACGACUACUGAAUUAAAAACGUCAUCAAUCCGCCAUUAUUACCCAUAUUAGUGUUGCAUUUAUUGGGAGAGAAUGAAUCUUAUUUCGAAAGGAUUAAAGUAAAUUCGUAGACUUGUAUAAUCAAAAAUAGUUAAAAUAAGAUAUUUUCUUUUAUUUCCGCCAGGGUACAAGGACUGAUCUUGGGCUCCAUACAGUUUUGUACCAUCUCCUUUAAUAACUAAGGUUGAUAAAUCUUAAAAUUCUAAUAUGGUUAUUUUCUCUUUUCACCAAGAUUAUACCCCUUAAUUAUAAAAUUUUAAAGUUAAACACUGCCCGUUAUUCUUUUAGAACCUAGCAGAGAUUCCUGCUAACUCUUAAAUUUAAAUUAACCGAGUUCCAAAAAAGAUGGAUAUUGCAUGUAUGGUUUGGCUCAUUUUCUUACUGCUAAAAUGACUCAAUUAGAGCCAAUUUUUACCCGACUGUUAUUGCUAAUAUUGUAUUUAAUAAUUCUUAAAACACAUUGCUCUGAAUCAAAACCAUGUUGAUAUGCUGUAGACAAGAAGUAGGUACAUGUUUUAUCAGUAUUAGACCGAAAUACGAUGUAAUAUUAUAUAGGUUGCUUUUGUUAUUAUUAUUUAUAGAUAUAAUUUCCUUCAAACUGUGCCAUACCAAAUGUUUGUCAUAAUUAAUUUAAUUUAUUACCAUUUAAUACCAUAACUAUUUCAUUUUACCUAUGUAGUAGUUAAAAUAGUAGUGCAAAAAUUAUAUUGUUCAAAAAUAUACAUUAGUGUAUAAGAUGAAAUAUCUUGAAUUGAAUGUAUUUUCGUAAAAAAAAAUAUUAAUGUCCUAUUAUAUGUCUAAAUAAUUGUCUCGAACACAUGAACUGAUACUUACAAAAUCUUCUAAAUCUUUUGAAACUUUUUCUUUACAUACUUAGAUUUUUAGGCAUAUUAUAGUCAGAAUAAAAUAGUAUAUUGUACAAAAGUAGAAUUUGUAAUACAAAAAUAUAUUAGGAAACAUUAUAUAUAUUGUAGUAACCGAUAUAUAUUAAAAUUGUAGUAUUAAAUUCAAUUGAAAGGUGGACGAAUAAUUAGAAAAAACACGUACACGAUUUCACAAACUAAGAAAGUUGAUGUCCUCUAGAAAAGCGAUUUACGUUACUCUUUCGAGUAGUAUUUUUCCUGAUUGUUAACGACUAAUACAACGGUUGAGGGUGGCACAUAUUAAGUAACAUCUAUACACAAGUACUAUGAGGAAUUGUGAUAAAUAAAGCGCGAGGUUGUCUUUUAUAGAAAGUUCCAUAAUACACUCCAUCAACAAAAAGUACUUUGGCUGUUUUGUAAUCAAACGAAGAAGUUAUUAUUGAUACAUUCAGUAUACUAUAUCAAAAUUUUAAGUAACCACGAAAUAUCGCCAAUUAAAAUCAAAUGACAUUUCUGAAUAAUUACCUACUGUAUCUGUGUGUCUAGUGGGAGUUUUCAAUAUUUUCAUACUGUUAUUAUCGCGUUGACGUAAACAAGAAUUUAUAUGAAAUUGAAACAGUUGUGCAGUAGUGCCACUAGAUGGCGCUGUUUCAAUUCCUUAAAAAUUCGCGCUUACAUUAACGCGAUAGUAACAGUAUCAAACUGACACAAGGCCCUCUGCUUUAUUCACGUUUGACCAAACUUUUAUUACAAGAUGUACCAAUCUAUAAAUAAAAAUAUAUUUAAUUUUAAAGUCUCUCUGAAAUAUCUGUUAACAGUUGAGGAAAAGUUAUAACAGUAUGCCAAUCUAUGUCUAUUAUCUUAUUAUUAUCUAAGUAGUAACUUACUCAUUCUUAAUGAUCUAUAAGUUCAUGUGUUUAUAUAUUUAAUGUAUGAAUAUGUGUAUCGUUUGAAACGAUUAAUUAAAAAUACAUAAUUGUUUACAUUAAAUGUUGUUAAUCAAUUAAUUGUGUAGCGAUUGAUGUCGGCUCUAAGCUGAAACUAUUCAUUAUUCAAAUCUUGACUUUCCUUCUGUGUAGUAGAAACUACUUAUAAUAAAAACGAGACAAAAAUAUUGGAACCUGAUGACGAAGAAAUUAAAUAUGUUUAAAUUAUGAA